CGCGUCCGCCAGAAGAUGAGGUGCCACUAUGAGGUGCUCGGCGUGAGGCGCGAUGCCGACGACGACCACCUGAAGAAGGCCUAUCGCAGGCUGGCCCUCAGGUGGCAUCCAGAUAAAAACCUGGAGAAUGCCACAGAAGCAGCCGAACAGUUCAAAUUAAUUCAAGCAGCCUAUGACGUACUGAGUGAUCCCCAAGAAAGAGCCUGGUACGAUAAUCACAGAGAGGCUCUGCUAAAAGGAGGGGUUGAUGGAGAUUAUCAGGAUGAAAGCAUUGAUCUGCUGUGCUUCUUCACUGUUACCUGUUAUUCGGGGUAUGGGGAUGAUGAAAAGGGCUUCUAUGCAGUAUAUCGCAAUGUUUUUGAGCUGAUUGUGAAGGAAGAGCUAGAAUCUGUGCCUGAGGAGGACAGUGAAGAAUUCCCACCGUUUGGAGACUCUCAAAGCGAUUACGACACGGUAGUCCACCCGUUCUAUGCCUACUGGCAGAGUUUCUGCACGCAGAAGAACUUCGCUUGGAAAGAGGAGUACGACACCCGGCAGGCCUCAAACCACUGGGAAAAACGAGCGAUGGAGAAAGAGAACAAGAAAACCAGAGACCGAGCGAGGAAGGAGAGGAACGAGCUGGUGCGCCAGCUCGUUGCUUUUAUCCGCAAACGGGAUAAGAGGGUCCAGGCCCACCGGAAGCUCGUCGAAGAACUGAACGCUCAGAAGGCCAGGAAAGCCGAGGAGCUGAGGAGGCAGCAGAAACUAAAGCAGGCUAAGCUGGCAGAGCAGUAUAAGGAACAAAGCUGGAUGGCUAUGGCUGAUAUAGAGCAAGAGUUGCAGCAGAUGGAAGCGCAGUAUGAAAGAGAAUUUGGAGAUGGUUCCGAUGAGGAUGAAGAAGAAGAGGCAGAGGAACAGGAACCAAAAGAAGGACAGGAUGGGAAACUAAGCGAUGAGGAAGAAAACACUGUUAUUUAUGACGACUUGUACUGUCCAGCUUGCGACAAAUCCUUUAAGACGGAAAAGGCCAUGAAGAAUCACGAAAAAUCAAAGAAGCAUCGGGAGGUGGUAGCCCUGUUACGACAACAGCUAGAGGAAGAGGAGGAAGAGUUUUCUGUACAUCAGGCUAAUGAAAAUGGGCUGGAUGCUAACACGGAGAAGGAAGAGGAGGAGAAUACAGAGGAAACGCCAAAACCAAAACUUUCCAAAAAGAAGAAGAAAAAGAAGCAGAAAUCUCUGCAGACUCUUGAUGACAGCGGAGGAGAAACUGGAGAUGAACUAAAAGUUGAGCCGGAGGUGACCAACCACAUAAAGACCCCCAGUGAAAAUCAGCCUGAUGUCAGGGAAGUGGAAAACGGCAACUCGGGAACUGCCGACCAAGUUGAUGAGUCCAAAAGUGAGGCAAAAAAUGUUCCUAAACCCAAAGGAAAGAAAGGCAAAGACUGCAAAAAGGCGGCUAAAGUCCCUGCGGAACAACAAACCGUGGCUGAUGUUCCCAUCAACUGUACAACCUGCAGUCGUGAAUUCCCCUCUCGAAAUAAACUGUUUGAACACUUGAAAGCAACGGGGCACGCGAGAGCGUGUUCCGCGCCCUCUGUAAAUAGCCCAGCCGCUAGCCGAACCAAGAAAGAAAAACGCAAGAACAGAUAAAGAAUUCGGUGUUCUGCUGCAAACAGUUUUCCUCUUUGGUGAUUUCUAGAAUUCAAAAACUGGACGUAAGUCACCUAAGGAGUUACAACGCCAUACUUUUCUUAAUCCUGCAGUGUGAAAGUAUUUUUAAUGUAUACAGAUUUCUUUGGGGGCUUAAUAUAUUUUUUUCCAAACGUGUUUCACUAGUGACUGACUUCUACCUUCACCAGCCUGACUGACUUGAAAGUCUCAGAGUGGAAAAUACUUCAAAGCUAUUCCUUGAUGGUUUCUGGCCCAUGUACGGGGGCAAAAUAAAUUAUUUUAAGACCUACAAA